AUGGAAGAGAGAGUUGGGCUGACCUGGAUCAUCGACACCCGCCCAAAACGCCAGCUAGGCACCUCUGCCCUAAUCCGGCUGCAUACCAACACCCAGGGAUCGGGCACAGGACGACUGGCCCAAAUAGUAACCCUGAGAAAGCACUGGGCGACCUUUUCCAUAAUAGGAAGCCAGACCACGUGCAACCUCCGCGUCCCGAUCCCAUGGGCCCAGCUUGAUGCACUCCAGAGCCACGCACACACGACACACUACACAUCCCUCCCCGCACUACCACGCCCCCACCACAGCUUCCUACACCUCCCACCCUUCCUCAGCGACUCUGAAAACCCGUACGAAUUCGAAGUCUGGGACGACGGAGAGGAGGAGAGCGCCCAACUUAGCCUCACGCGCAUCACCAACGCACUAAGGCACACCAGAAACCGCGCCCGGAAAUCCGCCGCCGCCACUGAACCGAGCAACGGCGUAACGGCGUAA